GCCCUUGGGAUGCUGAGCCAUGAAACUUGGUUCUCCAAUUACAGGCUCGAGUUGGAAGAGGGCAUAUCCAAGUAUGGUGAUCUUCUCGUCUGGCAUAUCGUAGCGCGUAUCAUCGAGGAAAAUGAACUUCCCUAUAGGCGGAUCGGGGUUUCUGAGGAUUCUCUUGUCGGUUGUUAGGGCCAAUCUAUUGAGUUGUCGCCGGGCUUCGUCUAUAGGCGUUACGAGCUGCUCAUCCGUGCCGAGAACGAAGAAAACUGCCUUGAAGGACUCAAGUUGGCGCUCCAGAAACCCUAUUAAUGGCGAAGGAUGCUUGCAUUUGAAGCAGCCAAUGUUCCCUAAUAGAGCUAGAUACGGAGCUUUUGGGACGAUGUCAAUUUUAUUAUAGGUAAGGUCCUCACCCAACUAGAGUUCCGACAUAAUCUGUAUUUUAACCAUUGUGAUGGUGGUAUGCGAGUAUCAAGGUGAAUUGGAUUCGAGAAAUAAGAGACCAGUUGAUGAUGUUGACAAGUUUGCUCGAAGAUAUAAGUCUCGAAAUCCGAGUAGAUGUAGAAGGGACAGAAGGGGAUUGAAUAGCUGUACCCUCUUUCUCGCACUUGACUCUUCUUUGACGUUGUUGGAUAUGGAGGAGCCACUUGAGUAAAGACAGGCUCUUCCCUAGGUACCUAUGUAGAUACCCGUCAACGAUGAACUCAUAGCAGAAUAGCUGAGUCUGCUGUAUACCUAGAUACUGAUAUAAUUCAGGAGGAUAGCUCGACGACUUUCACUUGAAAAUCAGCAUAAUAUAUGAUACUUAUUAAUUGGAUCAAUGUGAAAAAAAAA